GUUGUUCCUUUGUUUUUCUCUUUGCUUUCUGCAAAUUCGUGGAAAUGUUUUCCCAACAUUCGGCAACGUGGCCUCUUCGAAGCGUGUUUAUUAUUUGACAUUUGAGAAGUGGAAGUGACAUGGCGUCCAAUAUCCUAAGUUAUAAAAAUACGUACAUCGUCUAUUCCUGAAGAGCCCCCAGAGCCCCAAGCUAUAAUGAGCAUGUACACCAGAAUUUUCCUGUUCAGACGGAAAACGAAGUGCCGUGAAGAGUGCAUAAAUUUAUAAUUUCAAGCCCCCGACAAAAACCCCCCGAAGAAUCUCAUUAUUAUAUAAACAAAACUCGCCUCACGAUUGACAACUUUCAUGACCAAUCAUUUCAAAACAUAGUACUUUUGAAAAACCAAAACAAAUACUUUUUCAACAUUGCUUCCCCAAGAUAGCAUUACAUUUUAUCUUAAGUAAUCCCUAUGAUAUUUAGUUUAUAAUCCAGUGGUAAGUACCAAUCAUAUUAGACAUUGCAACAUAAAUAAAAGGAUUGAAUCAUUGGAGACAUAAACUGCUAUUUAGUUAUCACUAUAUUCCACCUAACACUUGUUGUCUUUUCUGAUUUGUUUACUUGCAGUACAUUAUGGCACAACCACAAAUUAUAAGUCAAAAGCGGAUACGAGGUGCUGUUACUGGGGAGCCUUCAGGUUCCAGCAGCACCCCAUCUAGUUCCAACACUCAGAUAUCCCAGUUACCAAAUCCAGGAACACUUACUGAUGAAUUAGCUGCCUUAUUUGAGUGCCCAGUAUGUUUUGAAAUUGUCUUACCUCCGAUUAUGCAAUGUCAAGUAGGCCAUUUAGUUUGUGCUAGCUGCAGGCCAAAAUUAUCAUGCUGUCCCACAUGUCGUGGCAAUUUAGGUGAUAUCAGGAAUUUAGCAAUGGAGAAAGUUGCUAAUAAUUUAAUGUUUCCUUGCAAGCAUAAACAAACUGGCUGCCGGAUGUCUCUAGGCCUCAAUGAGAAGGCAGAGCAUGAAGAAAUUUGUGAGUUCCGUCCUUACACAUGCCCAUGUCCUGGAGCCUCUUGUUCGUGGCAGGGUCAGUUGGAGAAAGUAAUGGUGCAUUUGAAACAUGCACAUCAAAAUAUAACUACCCUGAAUGGUGAGGACAUUGUUUUUCUGGCAACAGAAAUAAAUUUACCAGGUGCUGUUGAUUGGGUGAUGAUGCAGAGCUGUUUUGGGCAUCAUUUUAUGCUGAUCUUGGAGAAACAGGAAAAAUGUGAUGGUCAUACCCAAUUUUUUGCUAUUGUACAAUUAAUAGGAUCACGAAAGCAAGCUGAACAUUUUGCUUAUAGGUUGGAGUUAAAUGGUAAUAGAAGGCGCCUUACAUGGGAAGCAAUGCCUCGUUCCAGCCAUGAAGGUGUUGCAUCCGCUAUAAUGGGCUCUGACUGCUUAGUAUUUGAUACCUCAAUUGCCCAACUCUUUGCUGACAACAACAAUCUAGGUAUCAAUGUUACCAUAUCCAUAGUUAAUUAGUUUCUAUUCAUAAAUACUAUAUUUGUCGGAUUAUUUUUCCUUUUUUUUUAUUAAUU